AUGCAAUUGAGCUGCGCCCAUGCAAUCACCUACUUACGAUCGUUCCGGAUUCGCUGCGAAUCUCUGAACAUGGAGAUUAUGUCUAUGGGAUCUUGCGAUUUCCUUACAUGGACUACACGCUUGAAGAGGGCCGAUUCUGCGUGCGACAUCUGGAGCCUGGCGGUUGUCUUAUGGGAAUUGACGACCCGAGAACAAUGCUUCCGCCACAUUCCGAAGGAAAAGUUUUUCGAGUUUCACCGAAGAAAUGAAUGGGUCGUGCCGCCACUAAACGGGCAGCAUUUCAUCGUUGACUUCAUUAGAGCAUGUUCCGAAGAAGCCUCAUUCCGCCGUGGCGCCGCCGAUCUAUCCAAAAUUAUCAACCAGCACGCCGAAAAGAAUCCGCCGCUCUUCAAGAGGCGAUUUGAUGUUGCCAAUGUGGAAAGCUCCGAGCUUCUGAAACCAAGUGGACUUGAACAUCUAAAGCCUGGCAGCUGCGCAAUUUACGAGUACUUCCGACGGCUCGGCCCUUGUAUGCAGAAUUUGGCCGAGGAAAGCGAUGCUGACGUGGAUGCCUUCGGGGGCAGCGUUCAUACGGGCCUGAGCGACGAGUUGAGCAAAAGCCAAUCCUCAAACGGGACGUUGGAAGCCGAUAUUGAACGGCGCAAGGAAAUACAGACAGCCCAAUCGUCCUCAAACUCAACUCUCAGCUCUAUGCAUGCGCUACCGGUAGCUGAAGACAAUCACCGAGGGCCAGGCCCGGGUACUUUGGAAGAACAUCAGGAAGGCUCGACGAUUCUGCAACCUAAUCCAAGUUUUUCCUAUGGCGACCCGGAGUCCGCCGAAUCAACGCUCGUUAAUAGCUCAGAAUGCUCGGAUGACGAGAGCGAAGUAAAUACACUAAUCUCAACUUUCGAAAUUGAAGACGCAGAAGGGUUUACCAACGAACAAACCACACGUAUAGAUCAACAUCCCACAAGUAUGACAACUGCUCAAAAUAGCGUAAGUCCGGGUGACGCUCUGCUACUGGAUGUGACUUGGCAGCGCCUCGCUGCAACAUUGCCGGCAACACAUUCGCAAACUGAGGCUCGUAUUAGCGCUGCAAGGUGUGAGAGUGCGCCUUCUACCUCGAGAAUUGAAGCACGACCUAGCCGAUCUGAGCUUGGCUGCUUAAAAGUGAAUCACGAGGUUGCGAUCGUUGUUCCACCUACUAUUCUACGGUCUGAAGCGGAACCCGGAACCGCAGCUUCGAGUAAUGGAAAUCGCGAUGGCCCACGCCCACCUCCGCGGUUCUCCAUGGCGGUAGCAACCCCACUACAGCCGCGUGUCGAUGAUGAGCAUCGGGAGAACAUGGCAAGGCCAUUGGCUGCAAUUUCGGGACAGGAAGUGAGCAGCGGCGUCUAUGGAACAGUUCCUAGCAGGGGCUUACUCGCGAUUCCCGGUCGGUUCAAGAUUUGGGGCGCUAGGCGUCAUAGAACCAUGGACCGCAGC